CGCAUUCGAAAAAAAAUUUCCAACUCAAACGAAGCAACUUGACGGGGAACGCGGAAAAAUUGAGUUAAAAAUUUGCAGUGAAGGCGUUGUGUCGCGGCGAAUAGCAGGAAAAUUGGGAAAAAUUGAUGGUAAAUCGCCAGUUGAAUUUUCCGCUAGUCGGUGCGUCGCCCAGUUAUCCGUUUUUUGUGUUGCCGCUCCUCCACGUUGUUGGCGUCGUGUACGUGUCUCCCUCUCUCGCUCUCACCGACUCUCUCCCUCCUGCUCCACCGCAUGCAAGAGCGCCGACGAGCAGCGACGUGUGUGUGCGUGCGCGUGUGUUUGUGUGCGACAGCGCAGCGCAAUAGCUAAACAUUUUUUUUGUUUUUUCGGGUGGCAGAAGAAGAAAAUGCGUGCGCCCGUGUGCGUGUGUGUGCGUGUGCAAAAAUCAAUAUAAGGAAGAGAAAAAACCACGAUGAAAACAUAAAAACAAAAGCAUAGCAAAGGCAGAAGGCGAGGAAACGAAACAAGCAGAAAAGAAACAGUUAUUCCAGCCAUGUCGCUGCAAACGAAGCGCCAGCACUGCUAUCUGUGCGACCUGCCCCGCAUGCCCUGGGCCAUGAUCAGCGACUUCUCGGAGGCGGUGUGCCGCGGCUGCGUCAACUACGAGGGCGCCGAUCGCAUCGAGGCGGUGCUGGACGCCGCCCGCCAAAUGAAGCGCCUGCAUCCCGCCAGCAAGCGUGCUCACGAGAACGGCGAAGUCUCCUCCGUGGCAGCCGCCGUGGUCCUCCAACAGCAGCAGCAGGCGCAACAGCAGCAACAACAGUUACAAGUUGGCCCUGUGCCGGGUCCGGGUCCGGGCUCCCAUCGCGGUGCACCGCCGGGCCCUGGACCGGGUCCCUCUGGCGCCGGCGGCCCCCUGUCCCUUGGCUCGGCCGUGGCCGCCGCCGCGGCUGCCGCCCACCAUCAUCACCAGGCCGCUGUUGCGGCCGCCUAUCAGAUGCCCGUACCGCGCAUCGGUCCGCCUUUGGAUUAUCCCGUAAAACUGGAGGAUGCACCCGGCGGCGGCGUGCGGCCCGUGCGCAUCUCACACAUGACACCCCACCAUUUGCCGCCGAACGCGGCGCGACAGCCGUCAGGAGGCGGAGGAGGAGGACCGCCGUCCAGUGGAGGCAGCAAUCUACCGCCCGCUCUAUCCGUCAACCUGAAGCGGCCGCCCAGCGAGGACGUGGACGUGGAUGUGGCCCAGCAGCAGGCGCAGCAGCAGCACGGCCUGGCGCCGGACGGAGCGACAUCGCUGUCGGCUGUCCAGGGAGGACCCGGGGGCGGUCCGCCGGGAGCCAAGCGUAGCGCCAUGGACGAUCCCGCUGGAGGUGGCGGCCGGCCGCCUUUAACGCGCGGCGAAUCGCUACCGGCGGCGGUCAGUUAUGUGCCGGAGCGACAGCUGGGCGGCCUGCGGGACAAGCAGCAGCCAGUGCGGGCGCCCAGUUUCGAUGCCUCGACCUUCAAAGCAGAGCACAUGUCCCCGGCCAGUCGACGCAAUGGAUCGAGCCCGCCCUCGGGACCGCUGCCCCCGCGUAGUGUACACUCGCCGAACAGCUCGGGCUCCUCGUCGGGACGUCGCUCAUCCGGAUCCCGUCAUGUGUCCAGCACCACAGUAACCAGCUCCGAGGUUGGCGGCUCGAAUCCCGGCCAGGCGGUGGUGGCGGGCGGUCUUGGCGGCGGUGGAGGAGGAGGCGGCGGCGCCGCUGGAGCUGGUGCCGCUGGAUCACUGGGCGGACCGACAGGCGGAGCCAGCGGACAAUUGAGUAGCUGCUCCAGUGGCGUUGGCGGCGGACCGGGCAAUGCCGGCUCUGGAAGCGCAGGAGGAAAUGGUGCCGUAGGUGGUCCCGGUUCGAUGGCGCAAAAUACAGUGACCGGCGAUGGUAGUCCGGCCGGCAGUGGUCCAUCCGGCAGCAAUGGCAGCGGCGGAUCCGUUAAUCCCGGUCCAGGCAGCAGUGGCAGUCAGGGCGGCGGUGGCACACCCCUGGCCACUGGCGGAUCAGCGGGAGCUGGCAGCGGCGGCAGUCUUGGCGGAGCACCAGGCAGCAGUGCCGCAUCCAAUUCAGCAGCGGCAGCGGCGGCGGCAGCCGCCCAAAAUGCCACGCUCAAGUGCACCCUGUGCCAGGAGCGGCUCGAGGAUACGCACUUUGUGCAGUGCCCUUCGGUGAACCACCACAAGUUCUGUUUCCCCUGCAGCCGCGAGAGCAUUAAGCGACAAAAUGGUCUCGGCAACGAGGUGUAUUGUCCCAGUGGCGACCGAUGUCCGUUGGCCAACUCAACGAUACCGUGGGCCUUCAUGCAGGGCGAGAUCACCACGAUUCUGGGCGAGGAGGUUAAGGUGAAGAAGGAGCGCGAAUCUUAAUGUCCAUUUUACUGUAAGAAGCUGCGCAGAGCUUUGGAGCACUUUUGAGUGGAUGAAGCCCUGGGAACUGUGGGACACUAGGAACUGCGUACUGCUGUUGGGUCUCCCAUCCAUCCACGGCGCAUCUCAACUCUCUCUUGGUUGGGUAAUCGGCAUAUUGGGAUUGUGGAUGGAUUUGAUGAUAGAAAAAAACAACACAAAAAGGAAGGAGAAGCAACCGAUUUUUAUUGUGGCCACGGCAUCAUCGGCGGGCGGAGACAUCUUUUUGCUCUGCAUUUUGUCCACGACGACCGACCAAACAACAACAACAACAACAACAACAACAACAACAACAACAAAACAACAAUUUUGUAGGCGUAAGCAACAAAAAAAAAAAAAAAAAAAAAAAAAAAAAGAAAAAGCAGCAAAUAGACCGCUGAACAUCACUUACAAGAAAAGAAAAAUACAAUUUGUUACACGCUAAACUCAUGAAAAUGAGAUAAAAAAAAAGAAAAACUCAAAAAAAGCUAAGAACAACAAAAAACAUCAACAAUUUUCGUAAAUGAGAACAGAACAGCGAAAAUACGUUGAAUGCCCAUUUUUGUAGCAUAUUUGUAGGCGGCGUUGGGAAAAUUGUCCAACAACACACCAUAUAAGUGAAACAGAAUCGAAAAAAAAGCAUACGUAGCCAAGUGAGAAAAUGAAGAAAGAAGGAUUGACGAGGAAGAGAAAGAAGGACCGUACCGAAGCAGCAAAAAGAGAGAGAAAGAGAGAGCGUGCGAAACUUGAAAUCAUUUAUUAAAUACACAAAGUAAAUAAAUUAAAGCAAGCAACAAGAGGAAAAUGCACUUGCGCUCUGGCAUUAGAUAUAAAAAUCCUUUUUUUUUUACAUAAAACCUAUAAAUAUAUAUAAUAUACGAUAACUAUAGAUUCUGUUAUGUAGGCUCGCUUGCGGGCGACUUAAAUCGAUAAGUUAUGCUUAGUUUGUACUAAUUAAUUAAUUUAUUUCUAUACAUGUUGCCUAUUUUACAAAUCCCGCAUUAUUUUAUCCCCUCCCUCACUUUUUUUUUUUUUAUAUAUUUUACUUGUAUUUUAUAUAAAUGUAUGCCUAUAUAUUUUUUUUUUGUAUUUUUAACUAAUUUAAAAGAACACAAAACCCACACACACACACGAUUGCGAUGAAUCGAACGGCAAGAAACGAGUGCGAGAGAGAAAACAGUUAUUAUGCUAAAGAAUUGUACAUACGUAUGCAUACCACAUAAUCGGAAUAUAAAUAUAUACAUAUAUUUAAUAAUAUAGAAAUAUAUAUAUUUGAUGUUGAACAAGAAAUUGGGCAAACACACGACGAGUAGCAAAGGGGUAAAGGAUCAACCAGGAGUUGCUGUCGAAAUUUUAAAAAGAAAAGGAACAACUUUUAAAGCAAGCAAAAGAGCGAUCGCUAACAGAAAAACUUUUAUCAAUAUUUUUUGUGGGGGGUUUUGUGUAAGAGCAAAGGAUAAACCCCUUUUUUUGCAGUUUCCCAAGGGAGAACAAACUUUUAAAUGCAUUAAUUUUUACUAGCCAUGCGGAAGGAAAGCAAAUAUUUAUAAACAAACCACACACGAAUGGUAAUUGCAAGCGAAUUAAGCAUUAAAUACAACUUAUACAUAUUAUGUAGAAGAGGUGGACGGGCAAGACGGAAGACCGUAAUAUUAUCAUACAUAGUAUUAUAUCAUCUUUGGCAAUUUACUUGUGGGCGCUACGGGCCCGAUUCGAUAAAUUGUAGAUGUCCUAACGAUAAAAAAAAACUGAAUACAAUUAUCAAAAAUUCCAUAUUAUUAUCUCAUUUUUUUAUUUUCAAAUUAUCGUUUACCCUCUUAGUAGAUCAAUUUAUUCUGUGUUUGGUUUUCAAAACUGUUCUAUUUCUGAGUGAAGAGUGCGAUUGGAAUUUAAGAGGAAUCUAAACUAUCGAUGAUUUAUCGAUAAUAAUGCAAAAGUAAGUGAAAAAGAACAAAAAACAUACAUUUGUAAACAAAAUUCUCUUAUUUCUUUAGUUUUGCUGGCAAAAAGUAUGCAAUGAAGUAUACAUUUAUUUGUAGCAAACAUUUAGGCACAACUUUAGGUGUUUUCAAGCCACAUGUACAUUUAUAUUAAUCAUUUUCCUCAGCACCCCAUUGGUUUUGAAACAAAAACCAAAAUGAAUGGAGAAAAAACAAAAAAAUAAAAACACAUUUUGUGAUAUAGCCUAGCAAGAGCAACAACCAGAGGAAGCGCAUGAAAAUCCUGAAAAUUGGAAAAUCGGAACAAAUGACCGGAAGAAACUUUAGCAGCUGGUCCCACACUUUGGACAACAGCCACAAUCGAUCUCACUUUGACAAAAAUGGGGUUCGCAAUUGAAAAAUGAAAGCAGAAGAAAAAAAAUUAAAACAAAAACAAAGAGAAAGAGAAAAAAAAUGCAUAAAAUAAAUCAUACAAUAGGCCAAUACCAACGUUUUAGCAAUCUAAGUUUAAGAAGGAAACUAAUCGAAAUUUUCUUUACAACUAAAAAGUAAACUAAAACCUAAAUAUAAUAUAAAUAACGUUUGUAAACCUUGUGCGUGUGUGUGUAAAACAGUAGUGCUAUCUAAAUAUAAUACAGAUCAGAUAUCGCAUAAUGCAUCAAACCCUAUAUAAGUACGAGUACAUUACAUAUUAAAAAGAAAACAAAGAACGGAAAACAAAAGCAAAGAGAACGUAUAAACUAUAUUUGUGUGUUUGAUGUCAGUCUAAAAACUAAAUGUUAAAGUAAACUAACGAUCACGUAAUUGUAUUGCAUAGCCUAACAUUUUUUGAACGAAGCAAACCAAGUCGAUUCGAUUUAGCAUGAGUAUCAACUUUAUACUAUAUAUAUAUACAUAUAUAUAUACACAUAACGACUAGAGGAAGUGGAAGUGGAGAGAACACGAAAACGAUAAAGAACGAAAGCAAAACCAAAACGGAAGCGGAAGCUGGCAGAUCGAUUGAUUUGUUUGAUAAAUCGAUUGAUCGAAGUCGUGGAUGACGGGCAAAACAAUUAAAAAUUACUAUACAAAAAAUCGAAAACAGA